GCUCCAAAAAACAUCAGCCAAAAAGGCUGCACCUUUUGUCAGCCAAUUAUUUUACAAAAUGUUUUAUUUUGCAGUAGAAAAGAUGGAUUGUGAGAUAUGGGACAUAUGAGUUAUUUCAGCUGCUUCUCAAAGAACAGGAAAAGAAAAUGUAAUUUAAUUCACUUGGAGGAAGAACAAAACAAACAAACCUUUGCUUUUUUAAACAGAAAAAAAAAGCAGCAGGACAUCAGUCAAUGCCCUAUCUUCAAACAGUAUCUGAAGGACAUCAGGGAAACUCAGGAAUUGUAGUGAAAAUGAGGAGGAUUUGUGAAGAUAUGGAGAACAUUAUGUAGUUAAAGUCCUGACCCAUAAUUAGGUUUGCCUCCUGUCCCUUCUACAUCAACAACAAGCUUUGCAGAAUUUUCCAUUAGGGAACGGAUGAGAGAAAAAUUAAAAGCUGCAAGGUCGAAAGCAGAAAGUGCUUUACUACAAGAAGUCCCCAGUCCACAACCAAGGCGCUUAAAAAGCCUCAGACAGAGGGAAUCCGAAAACAGAGGGGAUAAAAAGUCUGAUGAAGAUGAGUCAAGACAGAUGCAGGAAGAUCAAUCCCAGACAUCUCCUAGAGUCAAGUUUCACGAUUCUGUCAAAAAGCUCAAGCAAAAGUCACAUGUCCAGACUGAUUUUCCUUCUGCUGAAGAAGCAUAUAAUUUUUUUACUUUCAAUUUUGAUCCUGAACCAGAGAAUAUAAAGGAUGAAAAUAAGAGCAAGAAAAAGAGUGAAUUAAAUCAGGAGGAGGAAGAACAGGAAUCUGUAGUAAACUAUCAGCAAGAACAAACAGAGGAUGAAAUGGAUGAAGAGGACUGCCUUGUUAAUGAUAAAGAUUUAUUCAUUAUCAGUCAAAUGGCUCCUGAUUUUCUAGUAGUAAAACCUGCAGAUUACAAAAGCUAUUCUGAGCAACUACAGAAAGAAAGAGAAUUUUUGUUCAUUCCAAGCAUUCUAACAGUUCCUAUGUCUCAGAAGGUGCCUGAAAACAUGCAGCCACGGUACCUAGAAGAUGAGGGUCUUUACAUAGGAGAAAGGCCCGUUGUAUCACUAUCUAAUCAAAACAUUCUAGAGAACAGAAUACUGAGAGAGGAGCAGGGGAAAAGAUGGUUUGGAGAUGAUGGCAAACUCUUAGCAUUGCCUAGUCCAAUUAAACAAUCUUCUACAAGACCUCCAAUAUUUUCAUUGGAGGAAGGCAUUGAACCUGAACUUGAAACAUUGUAUAGAAAGGCAAUAAAACCUAUGCAUGCCAACCAAUAUAUUAUCGGGUCUGGAGAUACUCAGGGACAGUUUCAACUGGACAUUGAUGUUUCUGGGUUAAUAUUCACCCAUCAUCCCUGUUUUAGCCGUGAACAUGUUCUGGCAGCCAAAUUGGCUCAAUUGUAUGAUCAAUAUCUAGCAAGAAGACAACAAAACCUUACCAAACUCCUUACAGAUAAGCUACAUGCUCUGAGGAAUGCUGUACAGAAUAGUUUGGAUAUCAGUGGAAUCAAUGUCCCUACCCUUGUAGCACGACAGAGAUUAACUGAAUAUAAAUUUGAAAUAAGGAAAACCAGAAGACUUCGUGAUGCAGAACAAGAAAAAGAUCGAACAUUGCUGAAAACUAUUAUAAAAGUUUGGAAGGAAAUUAAAUCCCUGCGUGACUUUCAGAAGUUUACUAACACACCCAUCAAGCUUUAUUUGAGAAAGGAAGAGGUUGACCAGAGAUCAGAUAAAAAAAAUUAUGAAGCAGAAAUUGAGGCUGAAAUAAAUGAGCUAUUAGAAGAAUAUAUGGAAGAGUAUGAAAAAAAAAAGGAAGAAUACAAAACUGAGCUACAAGAGUGGAAAUCCUGGAAAAAGGCACAGAAAACCAAGAAGAAAAUGAAAAUAAAACAAAGUCAAGACCAAGAGGAAGAAGAAGCGACGGAGGAGUCAGAGUAUGGCGAGGAACCAGUAAAACCCAUCCUUCCUAAAAUGGCUGAUAGACUGGAGGUAGAGCAGCAAGUUAGAGAAAAAGCCCUCAACAUAAGGAGGAAACCUGGAGAACCUGUUUUAAUUCCUGAGUUGAGCCUGACAGGAAGCAUAACGCCAAAUGAUUUGUGUCCUAGGGCAGAAGUUUUAAGACGAGAAGAUGUAAAGAAACGUUUAGUAUUUUUAAAAGUUCUUUUCAACACUAAAGAAGUGUCGAGGACUGUCACCCGGCAAAUAAGCUCAGACUUCAGAGUUCACUUUGGGCAAAUUUUCAAUCUGAAAAUAUUCAAUUGGCCAGAAAGUUUGAAACUUCAGAUAUACGAAACUAUGGGACUCAGCAGCACCACUAUGUUAGCAGAAGUGUUUAUACCUAUUCCUGAGACUACAGUUCUCACUGGUAGAGCUCGUACAGAAGAAAUAGAGUUUAGCAGCAGCCAGCGUGUGAUGUUGGACCAUGAAGGAGUUGGGAGCGGUGUGCCAUUUUCAUUUGAAGCUGAUGGCAGUAAUAAGAUUACUUUAAUGACCUCUGGCAAAGUGUCCAAUAGUGUUUCCUGGGCAGUUGGAGACAAUGGAGUACCCUUAAUUCCUCUAGCAUCCCAGCAGAACAUAGGGAUUCCAAGUGCUUUAAAAAAUAUUGAUGCCAUUGCAUCUAUUGGCACAUCAGGCUUAACUGACAUGAAGAAAUUAGCCAAGUGGGCAGCAGAAACAAAGUUGGAUCCAAAUGACCCCAAAAAUGCAGAUUUGAUGCAGUUGAUAAUGGUUGCCACUACUGGAGAUGGUUGUGUUCCUGGUUUCUUCAGACUGGAGCAAUUGCAGCAAGAAUUUAAUUUUGUUUCCGAUGAGGAACUUAACAGAUCAAAAAGAUUCCGACUCCUACAACUCAGACACAGAGAGGUGGCAGAGUUCCGUAAUUAUAAACAAGUCCCUUUACUUGAAAGAGAAAUAACUGAAAAACUUUUUGAGAACUAUGAGAAAAGGCUCCGUGAAAGGGAUAUAAUUGACAACAAGGAUCACCUAGAUGCACACAGAGCAUUAGUUGCCAAGUAUUUCCAGAAGGUUAGAGAAUCAGUGAUAAACCGGUUCCUAAUAGCAAAACACCAUUUCCUUCUCUCUGACCUGGUAAAUGAAGAAGAGGUUCCUAGUCUUGGUAUUUUAGGGCUCAGUCUUUUUAAACUAGCAGAAGCAAAGCGACCAUUAAAGCCAAGAAGAAAGGAGAGAAAGAAAGUUACAGCACAGAAUCUGUCAGAUGGAGACAUAAAUCUUUUAGUGAAUAUCAUCAGAGCUCAUGAUAUUCCAGUGAGAAAACCUGUUUUAAGCAAGCUUCAGCAGCCAUCCAGAUCUUCAAGGUCCUUUAAUGAGAUGUUUGCAGCUUCUCCAUCACUUCAGAGCCCAACCCAUAGUGUUGAUUGGGCUUUCAACCAGGUUUUAGUCCGUCCUUUUGUAGAAGUUUCUUUUCAGCGAUCUGUCUGCAGGACCACAACAGCAGAAGGGCCAAACCCCAACUGGAAUGAGGAACUUGAACUUCCUUUUAGAGCUCCUAAUGGUGACUACAGCACCACAAGUCUGCAAUCAGUGAAGGAUGAAGUGUUCAUUAACAUUUUUGAUGAAGUUCUCUGUGAUGUCUUAGAGGACGAUCGUGAAAGAGGAAGUGGAAUCUACACUCGCGUGGAGAGACAUUGGCUGGGAUGUGUUCGGAUUCCAUUUUCUACCAUAUACUUUCAAACAAGGAUUGAUGGUACUUUUAAGAUAGAUAUCCCUCCAAUACUUCUUGGCUACAGUAAAGAAAAGAACCUAGGAAAUGAGAGAGGUUAUGAUUCUGUCCGAAGUCCGAGUGAGGGAUCCUACAUAACACUGUUUAUUACUAUUGAACCACAGCUUAUUCCUGGAGAUCCAGUUCGAGAAAAGUUUGAUACCCAGGAAGAUGAGAAGUUGCUCCAAGCAGCAGAGAAGUAUCAGGCUGAAUGUACAUUGAAGUUUCCAAGCCGCCAAUGCCUGAUAACUGUAGUCGACUUAAAUGGGAAAACAGUUUUUAUUACCAGAUAUAUCAAACCUCUGAACCCACCACAGGAGCUACUUAAUGGUCAUACUAAUAAUUCUCAAGCAGCAGCAGAGUUGGUGGCUCGAUAUGUUGCUUUGAUUCCUUUCCUGCCAGAUAGUGUGUCAUUUGCUGGAAUCUGUGACUUAUGGAGUACAUCAGAUCAAUUUCUUGAUCUUCUGGCUGGUGAUGAGGAGGAGCAUGCUGUGCUUUUGUGUAAUUAUUUUCUUGCUAUGGGCAAAAAAGCUUGGAUAAUAAUCGGAAAUGCUAUUCCUGAGGGGCCAACUGCAUAUGUAUUAAGCUGGGAGCAACAUCAGUACGUGAUUUGGAAUCCCAGUAAUGGACGUUGUUACGGACAGUUUGACACUUUCUGUCCAUUGCAAAGUGUGGGCUGUUUGAUUAGCUUUGAUAAUAAAUCUUUUGACAAAGUCUGUGGCCAAAAGCUUGUGAGAAGACUUAAGAGUCAUGAAAGGACUAUGAUCUGGUUUAAUAUCCAACGGUAUGAGUCCCCAGUAAGGAUAAAUUUUGACAUCAGCAAACCCAAACUAUGGAAACCUUUCUUUUCACAAAGCUUACCAUAUCCUGGCCUCUCCAGUGUCCAGCCUGAAGAAUUAAUUUACCAACAUACAGACAAGGCUGCUGCAUUAGAACUGCAGGGCAGGAUCGAAAAGAUACUGAAAGAGAAGAUUAUGGAGUGGAGACCAAGGCAUCUAACACGUUGGAACAGAUACUGUACCUCUGCACUUCGUCAUUUCCUGCCUCUUCUGGAACAGUUCCAAGGAAAAGCUGUAGAAGAUGACCAUCAGACAGAACUACAAAAACAGCUGGGAGAUUACAAGGUUACUGGAUUUCCUAUUCAUAUGCCAUUUUCUGAAAUUAAACCUUUAAUAGAAGCUGUACAUAGUACUGGAGUCCAUAACAUCGACAUUUCAAAUGCAGAAUUUGCUCUAGCGGUAUACGUUCAUGCUUAUCCCAACAAUGUUCUCUCUGUGUGGAUUUACAUUGCUUCACUUGCACGUAAUAGAUAAAAAAAAAAGUCUAUGCUGGAAUAAAGGCAUUAAAUGAGACAGCAACACCAUGUCAGAGAAAUGUUUUGCUGUAAAAAAAAAAAAA